CUUCUUGUGACCUCACCCUUCCCUUCUCCACAUCCCUCCAUUGGAGAUGCUCUUCCUACUUGACUUGACUUGACUUGAUCACAGCAAAAGCGUCCUUUUUGAUGAAUCGUCAUGGAUGACACUAUCGCAGAACCCAUCGUCAAUCGCGAUGAGCCUAUACCUGUCAUAUUCUCCGACAAGCAGAAAAAUGAUACCAAGCAUCCGCGAGCUGGGGGGCACAAGCGAUCAGUCUCGGGGGCUGGGCGGUCUCUGCAGGACAGGCUAUUUUCCAAAAUUCUGGAGCAGGUAGUGCCUACAGAAGAUGCCGAUAAGGAAUCAUUGUCAGACAAGUCUCUCGCCGCAGACCCCAAGCGGCCAGCCUUCAGCCUACCUCUCAUGGCAAACAACUUUCGCAGGUUCAAUGCAAGAAUUGGAAUUAUCUUUACGUUUCAAAUCCAGGUUGAGCGUCUGUUCAGCUGGAAGAAAACCUCCCACACGCUUUCGUUUCUCUUCAUCUAUUCGUUUAUCUGCCUGAACCCACACCUCUUCGUAUUACUUCCUAUCUCUAUCCUUCUUUUCUUCAUCAUGGUGCCUGCAUUUCUGGCGCGGCACCCUCCCCCUCCGUCAACAUCUACCUCAAGUAUUAUGCCCUAUUACUCGUACGACGGCCCGGCUCUGGCACCUGCGAAAACUAUCAAGCCAGCCUCAGAGACCUCGAAGGACUUCUUCAUGAACAUGCGGGAUCUGCAGAAUUGCAUGGCGGACUUCUCCGAUGCCCACGACGCCAUGGUUUCCGCCUUUGCACCUGUGACCAAUUUCUCCGACGAGAAGCUUUCGUCAGCGGUGUUCUUACUGUGUCUGCUCGUUGUCGCUCUUUUGUUCUUGACUGCCCACCUUGUUCCUUGGCGCUUGGUCUUUCUGGCGGGCGGUAAUCUAGCUGUAUUUUCCCUGCAUCCUCGUUUUAACCAUUUUGUCCAGGCUGUCACAGCGGACCUCUCUUCGCAGCCUUCAGGAACCGAGUCCAUGGCCGAGAAACAACUCAGGAGUGCGGCCAACGCUGCUGGAGUUCCACUACCUGCCUCCUCCUCCUCCUCUAGUGCCAUGUCCAUGAUAGGCUCCUUGGCCAAUAUCUCCCUGGAUUCUGACACCGAAGAACGCGAGGUCGAAGUCUUUGAGAUUCAGUAUCGCUCUUUGGCACCAUAUGCCGAUUCUCAAUGGGACCAUUUCCUGUUCAGCCCGAUGCCAUAUGACCCACUCUCGCCACUUCGCAUCGCAGGCGACCGUCCCAAGGGGUGCCGGUUCUUCGAAGACGUCCAACCCCCGAGCGGUUGGGCAUGGAAGGGCAAAAAGUGGGAGCUGGAUCUAGACUGUCGCGAGUGGGUGGUCGAGCGCAUGAUCACGGGGGUCGGUUUCGAGGUACCGGGAAGUGCUGAAGACCAAGCAGAGGGUGGAGAGAUUGGGGGUUGGGUCUGGGAUCUGCCUCCUGCUCUCGUCACAGAUGACAAUGGCGUGGCAUCUGGGCUUGGGAGUGAUUCGGUUCGCGAUUCCGCCAGUAAUAGAAAGGCGUCUGCGAAGAAGAAGAAGGGCAAGGAACGCUCGCAAGACUAUGAAGAAAGAGGUAAUACCGGAGGAAUGGGCGAGUGGAGAAGGCGGCGGUGGGUUCGCGUGGUACACAGAACCAGUAUGCCGGCUGGUCAGCAGCAGACUACAGGUGACGAGACAAAUCGCGCGAGGAUAUCUACAAGCAAGGCUAUCUUUGUGAACAGCCUGCGGUUGACUGCAACUUAUUCUUAUCUCACAAGUACAUGUAAUGUCUUGUGUUACCCAAACUCAGUCACUAGGUGGUCAAUUCUGAUGCUGAUAGACAUGAAUGAUGGAGAUGCUAGUUCCUGCCAUUGGCUCUGGGACUCUCCCCACGCGCGACCGUCGCUCUGUGCUUUGGAGUACCUCUUCCUUGCACCGGCGAUAGUUAUUUUGGUCAUUGCACUGAGCCAUUUGCUCUCACAUGGAGUUCUGCUGAGAUGUCCCAAAUGGAUGCAUCCAUUCAUUCAGGAGCAGCCAGCAUCGAUAGAGCUGCCCGUAGACCGGCCACAGCAACGGGUCGGCUGGGUUGUAGCCCUGUUCGCCAUCUCAAUGAUUGGAUUCCUCGCUGAAUUGACCAGCGUCAUCCUCAGCGGGUCUUUGAUCAGCAUCGUAUUACCUGUAUCCUGGGCUGUGGCUGCUGCCAUGGUUGCAGUGCUGCGCCCGAGAUCGUGCCCUACAUCCCUGCUUGCCUUUUUUCUGAGUGCAUUGGUAGUGGAGUCCGCACAUCUCAUCAAUGAUGAUAUGUAUCAUGUCUCUAGACUCUUCACCCGCCAUGUGGCUGCUGUUGCCGCCUUGGCCGGCUGUACGGUCAUCCUUGCAAUGCCCUUUCGCAGUCACAGUCUCCCGCAGGACGACAUCAGCGCCGUUGGCCAACAGCCAUCCAGCGACUCCCGCAGCCCAGAGGACAACUUGCGACUUUGGCAGUUCCUGAGCGUGUCUUGGAUGGCUCCGCUGAUAUUUGUAGGCAGGAACAAACAAUUGCAGGAGGAAGAUGUGUGGUUUCUGGGAUACGAGUUUCAGCAUCGGAGACUGCACGAAAAGUUCCGUCAACUGAAAGGAUCCGUGCUAGGAAGGUUACUUCAAGCGAAUGGAAUUGAUGUGCUAAUAAUAACGACGAUUUCUACUGUGCAGAUGCUUUGUGAUUUCUCUACCCCUGUCUUGCUGCAGCAAUUAUUACAGGCGAUGAAGGAUCGAAGCACGUCCAAUAGGCCGGCUUUGACCUAUGCAUUGCUGAGUCUGGUGCUUCGCCUGGUGCUAGCACAGGCUCAGGUCCUCAAUCUGUGGUACGGGAGACGUGCCUAUGAGCGGAGUAGAGGCGAGAUGAUCAUGAUGGUCUAUGAGAAGGCACUUUCGAGAAAGAACGUAUUCGAUCAGGAAAUAAGUGAGAAGGAAGAUGGAGCUGAGCCUUCUGAAGAAACGGAUGACGAGACAGAAUCGAAUUGCCGAUCAAAGAGGUGGUGGUGGCCCUUCUCGCGCUCCAAAAGGGCUACGCACAAGGAGAAGAUCAAGAAGACAGCUUCCAUGGGCAAGAUCUUCAAUCUACUGCGCGGGGACGUUUACGAAGUAGCCCAGAGAUUCUGGGAAAUCGACUCCUUGAUUGACAAACCGCUGGGGCUUAUCAUUGCGACUAUUCUCAUCUGGAAGCUCCUCGGGCCGUCAUGCUUUUUGGGAGUUAUAGCCAUUUUGGUUGCGCAGACGCUUAACGCAUUUAUCACUCGUACUCUUCUUCGCUGGGAACGUGUACGUCGCCUUGCAACAGAUGCUCGACUCCAAAUAUCUUCCCAAUUUGUUGAGGCUCUGCGGCAUUUGCGUUGGUAUGGCUGGCAGAGCCAUUGGCUUCGUCAGGUAAUGGACGCGAGGCAGUCUGAGUUGAAUCUACGAAUUGUCACUAGUCUUUGGAACGUGCUUAUUCGCUUCAUCAACACCCUUGCUAGUGGGCUGUUCCCCGUGGUCGCAUUAUACGCUUACACUUUUCUGGCUGGAAACCCGCUGCGCAUAGACAUCAUCUUUCCUGCUCUUCAACUGUUCACAAUGCUGGAAACCCGACUGAGAGAUAUUCCGAGUCUCAUCACUGUGCUCAUAAACGCCUCAAUUGCUAUGGAGAGAAUCGAAGAUUUCAUGGCAGAGCCUGAUAAAGAGAGAACGCCAAUUACUGCUGACCGCCCCUCUCUCAUCAAACUGGAAUCAUGUACAUUUGCUUGGCCUGGGAAAUUAUCACCUGUACUUUCCAAUGUCAACCUGGACGUGCCCCAAGGUCUGACCGUUAUUCACGGCAAGGUGGGAUCUGGCAAGACAGCUUUGCUUCAAGCCCUGCUGGGCGAGCUGGAUAGAUUGGAAGGGAACUCCCAUCUCCCAAACGAGAUGGUCGGGUUCUGUGCCCAGACGCCAUGGCUUCAGAGCAUGAGUAUCAGGGAUAACAUUCUAUUCUCUUCGCCAUUUGAUGAACAGCGUUACAAGCUGGUGCUGGGUGCUUGUGCACUCAUACCGGAUCUCUCCAACUUCAAGCAUGGGGACCUGUCUUUCGUGGGUGAGAAUGGUAUCGGUCUCUCCGGGGGCCAGAAGGCACGGGUGGCUCUGGCACGGGCGAUGUAUAGUUCAGCCAGGAUACUGCUACUUGACGAUCCUCUUUCAGCCUUAGACCACAACACAGCGGAGGCAGUUGUUAACAAAUGCUUCCUGGGUCCGCUAAUGCGCAACCGGACUGUGGUUCUUGUCACCCACCGAACCCACCUAGUCGGUGAAAUUGCCGACCAGAUUGUUCACAUCGAGAAUGGGAAGGCUACGGUAGAAAUUAACCAGAAUGUGUUGUCUCAUGGCAGCGAUGACCGGCAAAGUGCUCUGUCGCAAAGAACAGACACUGCAAACGAGGGUGAAGUUUCUCUCGAGGGUGCCUCUGCUGCAAUUCCCACGAAGUUCAUAGAAGAAGAACAUAGAGCAGAAUGGGGAGUGCAGGCGCGGGUGUACUGGAAGUACAUCCAAGCUGGCAAAUACCGCUGGUGGCUCGCCCUCUUUGCGGUGUUGACAAUCUAUCGCUUGUCUUCCGUUGGCCAGUCAUGGUUUCUCAAGGAGUGGGGAGAGGCAUACAAGCAGAUACUCUUGUUCUUCGGACAAUCGAACCUCAAUCGUGUGUAUUCCAGUCCGGAACUAACUACCGCCUCGACGAUGGCAAACGAUAUCCACUGGGCGCCGCGGGACCCAUUUAAUGGCUUCCCCACGCCAGAGGAGAAUGUGAAACCCUGGCUAGUAGCGUUUUUGAUCAUUACCAGCUUUCAGUCCCUGAUGCUUCUGCUCGCACAGCUUCUGAUGCUGGUGAUCGUUUAUUGCGCCGGCCGAACACUGUUCGAGGAGGUGAUGGUACGGGUGAGCAACGCUACGUUCCGAUUCUUCGAUGUGACACCGGUGGGCCGACUGAUGAAUCGACUAACUUCCGACAUUGGAGUGGUCGACGGAAACAUCAGCGAACAAUUCCAAAUGAUCGCAUUCCAAGCCAUCACCUGGGUGUCCUCGAUCGCCGUGAUCGCAACUGUGACCCCGACAUUUCUCGGGUUCUCGCUUCUGCUCACCGCGGCCUUUGUCCUCAUCUUCCGACGUUUCCUCCCCACCUCGCAGAGCCUGCGACGCCUGGAGAUGGUCUCACUAAGCCCACUUAUCUCCAACUUCGGCGAACUUCUGCAUGGCCUGACCACUGUGCGCGCCUUCCACGCCGAAAGCCGCUUCCAGGACCGCGUCAUCGCUGUCGUCGACAAAUUCCAGGGCAUGGACCACUUCUACUGGUCACUGCAGAGCUGGCUCAUGUACCGGUUCGAGAGCCUUUCCGCGGCUUCGACCUUCUGCCUUACUGUCCUCGCGCUGUACACCAGCGUCAGCCCGGGGCUGGCAGCCUUCGUCCUGAUCGCGGCCAACAACUUCGUCACCUCCACCCACGCCCUCUGCAAGCAAUACGGCCAGCUCCAAAUGGACUUUGUAUCGGUCGAGCGAAUCGACGAACUGCUGCACGUGGAGCAGGAACCACCCGGCACGAUUGACCCUCCGGCCUCAUGGCCCAAAUUCGGCCAGGACAUCGUCUUCGAGGACGUGACAAUCCGCUACGCGCCGCACCUCGACCCCUCCCUCCGCAACAUCUCCCUGCGCAUCCCUGGUGGCUCCACGACGGCCAUCAUCGGGCGCACCGGCAGCGGCAAGUCCACACUGGCUGUCGCGAUGCUCAGCGUCGUGCGGCCCGAAUCCGGCCGCAUCCUCGUCGAUGGCCUGGACAUCGCGCAGGUCACGACCCAGGCGCUGCGGACCCGCGUCACGUUUGUCGCGCAGGACCCCGUCCUGUUCCCUGGGAGUAUUCGGCUGAACCUCGACCCGACGGGGGAGUACUCCGACGCCGAAUGCGGCGAGGUGCUCAAGCGCGUCUGCAGCCGCCACAGCUGGAGUCUCGAGACGCCCGUGGAAGCCGGAGGCCGUAAUCUGAGCCAGGGCGAGCGGCAGCUGAUCGGGCUCACGCGAGCGGUGCUGCGGCGCAGUCCCAUCGUUAUUCUGGAUGAAGCAACGGCGUCGAUCGACCAUGAGAGCUCGUUGGAGAUCCAGCAGAUCCUGCGCGAGGAGAUGAGGGAGUCGACGGUGGUGACCAUCGCGCAUCGGCUGGAGGCGAUCAAGGAUGCGGAGUAUUAUAUUGUGUUGGAUAAGGGAGGGGUGUCGGAGCAGGGGUACGUUCGGGAUAUGUGAGAUAGGGAUUUUCAUGAGGGGUUUCGCCUUUUCUGCUACGAAGCAUUUGCCAUAGCCAGGCAUAUAGAGAGGAAGAAGAGUUUGAACUAGCUAUCUGAGCUUAGAGUAAGCUAA